AUUUAUAUUGUGCUUUGGGAAAAGAUCUUAUAUAAAAGCAAACAGCUUUAGACCAGUUUAUCUUCAGUUUUCCUCUGCAUCACUAUAUGAUAAGAGAGGCUGUGUGUGUCAUAAUUGUUUGCUCUCUUAGCCAAUGACAUUUAACCUGGGCUUUUGCAAGUAAAGGAUCUAGUCGAGGAAAAGUAAACUACCUGCUGUUUCUCUCUCCCUGAAAAAGUACUGAGGGCAUUUGAAAUCACUGCGCUAUGAGAUGAGUGUGGUUACUGGGAAUAGAGCAAGUACCACAGAUGUGGGCAGCCAGAAUUUGCUUCCUUGUGAGAUCUGUGGAAGAAAGUUUGCACCAGGAGUACUGACAAGACAUGUGCCAAUAUGCAGAAAAGUUUUCAACAAAAAGCGGAAGCCAUUCGAUUCCUUGAAACAGCGACUGCAGGGAACUGAAAUCCUGACAAUAAAGAAGAAGCCACCCGCAAAGAACCAACCGGAGAAAAAAUCUAACUGGAGACAGCAGCACGAGAAUUUCAUUACUGCAAUCAGAGCAGCCAAACUUGCCACUAUAGCCAUGAAAGAAGGCCGCCCCCUGCCACCGCCUCCACCUCCAACCAUCAACCCAGAUUAUAUUCAGUGCCCUUACUGCAUGAGAAGGUUUAAUGAGACUGCAGCAGAAAGGCACAUCAAUUUCUGCAAAGAACAGGCUGCCAGGCGAGCUUUUGCUCCAGGACAGAAAGGAGCCAAGGCACCCGCUGGGAAACAAGCAACUCCUAAGAAAGAACCAACUUUAACAAGUGCUGUGGGAACACUGCUUCGGAACAAAUCACAAGAAGGCUCCAAUCCAACCCAACCUGUAUCAGGUCAUGCUGUUGAAACUUCUAUUGAAACAACACAGAAAACAUCUGCUAUUAAGUCUGGAAAGGAGUCUGGGUAAGCAGUAUUUAAUUCUGAAAAUUUACAGGCUACAAUCCAACCCUGAGUUAAGCACACUUAAUUCUUGUGCUAGAUUGCAGCCAUAAUAGUAGAAAAUCUCUUCAGGAGUCAUUGGAGCUAAUUCUGGUUUCUUCAAAACUUAGCCCCCAUUCUUGGUACCAACCCCUGUAUCACAGGCUUCAGUAAUGUGGUAUGUUCUAAAAAUGGAUCCUACAUACUGAGUUUUCUUGUGAACUUCCAGGCCUAUUAAGCCACAUCAACAUAAGCUCCUUCAAUAGCUUGAGAACUGGGGUCUAUUUCCUUUAAUGGUACAAAUUCUCUCCUGGUUUCCCACUCCUCAUAUCCUGUGCAAACGCAUCUGCUACCAGUUAUCCACUUGAAUUAAGCUUAUUGCUUAUUUGCAAUCCCUUUCUCCUUUGCUGCCUCAAUUACAUGCAUAUAGUGUGCAAUCCAAUCUUCUUGUACAAUUACUAGAGUUCAGUGGGACUCAUAUCUGGGUAACUGUCCAAAGGAUCUGGUUUCUUACCCUAUCACUAUGCAGUCACCAAUCUUUUCCUUAUUUUUGUCUUAUCAGUGUGUUACACUCUGUACUUUUUCUGACAUACCAUAAGGCAUCUCUAUAGAAUGUUUUUGAUAUGGCACUUCCAAAGUUUGCAAGCCAUAAAACUUUGCUGAUUCCUGUAGUGCAGACCUGGGCAUUGUACGGCCCGCGGGCCACAUCCGGCCCGAUAGCUGACCCUGA